GCGUCGGCGGCAACGCGUCCCAUGUACAGGCUGCGAUGAAAUCUUCCUGUUAGCGCUGUGCACGUCCACAUCUUCGGCUAAGUAGGCUUACACCAACGGGAUCCACAAGAUAACCUCGCGGAAUAGCGGUCACAUAAGGCAGAUCUGGCAUCAUGAUCACGCCGAUACCCUCGCGAGAAACUCGGGCACUCGAGUGUGAGUUGGGCCGAGAGAAAAAUAUCAACUUGUAUAGCUCACAUAGAGGAACACAACUCAGCCGAGAACGAUCAUUUCGACUAUCUGAAGGGAGGUCAUCUUGCAGUGCAUGGGAUGUGAGUUAAGCCAGGACACAACACUAUUUGAAGAUUUCAAAUACUCGUUCCGUCACUAUCAUAAAGUUUCGUCGUUGAAGUUAGAGAACAAGUCUAAGUUUCAAACAUGGCCAGUCGUCGGACUUGCCAGGAGCGAUCACUCUACUAAGUUGAAAGCGCCCAAAUAGGCAGAUGACAUAAGCAGGCUUUGUGCUGCGACCACGGUUCAGUCAAGACCCGCCACUCUACUUCAUGCGUUCACGUCUCGCUGUCUUUUCUAUCGCAAUCAUCGCUCUAGUAACAACAUCUGGAUAUGUCUCGAAUACGAGAAGUAUGGGCACCGAAUCUCGAGAUCGAAAUGCGUAACAUUCGUGACCUGAUCGAGAAAUACCCUUAUGUUGCGAUGGAUACCGAGUUUCCAGGCGUCGUUGCACGCCCAAUCGGCUCGUUUAAGACUUCAUCGGAUUAUCAUUACCAAACAAUGCGAUGUAACGUCGACCUCCUAAAGAUCAUUCAGGUCGGGAUCACACUAGCAGAUGAGGAUGGGAACUACCCUCAAGACGUCUCAACAUGGCAGUUCAACUUCCAUUUCAGUGUCAACGAGGAUAUGUACGCGCCAGAGUCCAUCGAACUCUUGCAGAAGUCAGGCAUCGACCUUCAAAGACAUGAGGAGCUGGGGAUUGAGCCAAAUGAUUUCGCCGAGCUCAUGAUCACGUCAGGGCUUGUUCUUCUGGAUGAAACGAAAUGGAUAUCAUUUCACAGUGGUUAUGACUUCGGCUAUUUCGUCAAGCUACUAACGGCUGAAUCACUUCCCACAACAGAAGAGAUGUUCUUCGAGCGGUUACGAACAUGGUUCCCCACAAUCUAUGACAUCAAAUUCAUGAUGCGCGCUUGCAAAGUAUUGAAGGGCGGUCUUCAAGAUGUCGCUGAUGAUCUUGGUGUCAUGCGAAUAGGUCCAUCACAUCAAGCAGGCUCCGAUUCGCUAUUGACCGCAUCCACGUUCUUCAAAAUGCGGGAAAUAUACUUUAAUGACCAUAUUGAUGACGCCGAGUACAAUGGAAAACUAUACGGUUUAGCUACCAUUGCAGAACGAGAGGAUCGUGGAACGUCGCGCGAGACGCACAACCAAACACCCGGCCCCGCACAGAGUCAUAGUGCAACGAUGAGUAUGACCUCUCUAACAACGCCAGCGAUGGCAGGAGCUCUACCAGCACCGUUGACGUCGCCGUAUGGACCGAUGGGAGCCAAUGGACCAUACAUGAGGACUGCGAUAGGGGUGGGUGGUGGACGAUAGUGAUGGUGAUCUGGGUUUCUUUCUAGUCGCUCGUUGUCGUUCGUGUUGCUGUGCCGGGAUCUUUCUCUGUGUUUGCUAUCUGUAAUUAUGUACUGUAGAACAAAUACUUUUCAUAUCUCUUUAUGUUGGCGGGGACUCAAGAUCUCGUCUUCGGAGUGACCGUAGGCUGUAAGGACGUAUUCCGCCGUCCGUAUCAAGCAUAUGAUCACGAGCGGUCUCACCUGUAUAAGGUUCGCCAGAAAUUGCCGCUGCAGCUAUGUACAAAUCUGUUCUUUUAGAACGCCAUCUACGAUAAUCGCUGAUUCCUCCAAGCCAUGCAAAUAAUAGUACCGGGCCUCG